AUGAACAAGGAAAUUUAUUUUUUUAUCAAUGGACAUGGUGGCACUGGUAAAACAUUUUUAUGGAAUACAAUUAUUGCAAAGCUUAGGUCUCAAUCCAGAAUAGUCUUGCCUGUAGCAACUUCAGGAAUAACUGCUUUGUUAUUGCCUAAUGGUAGGACAACACACUCAAGAUUUCAUAUUCCUUUAGAUGUUACAGUAGAGUCAACUUGUGAAAUUCGUCAAGGUACCCUAUUAGCUGGACUUCUAAUAAAAACUUCAUUGAUCAUUUGGGAUGAAGCGCCUAUGGCAAAUAAAUUCUAUUUUGAAACUUUAGAUAUGACCUUAAGAGAUAUUCUAAUAACAAGGUUUGAAAGUAGCUCUAAAAAACCUUUUGGAGGACUUAUAAUAGUAUGCGGUGGUGAUUUUCGACAAAUAUUACCAGUUGUUCCAAAAGGUACAAGAGCUGACAUCGUUGGUGCUUCUCUCAACUCAUCAUACUUGUGGCCAUUUUUUAAAAUAUAUGAGCUCAACCAAAAUAUGAGGCUCUAUAAUAGAAGUUUAAGUGGAUCUGAGGCUGCUAAAAUAGCUACUUUUGAUAUAUGGCUGUUGCAGAUAGGAGAUGGUUCAUUAUAUGAUGACAUUGACAGAGAAUUAAUUAAACUUCCUUCUGAUAUAUGCGAAAAUUCAUCUCAAGAUCCAGUGAAAUCCAUAGUUGAAGCUAUCUACUCAUCGCUUUUACAAAACUACAACGAUCCUGCAUAUUUGAAAGAAAGAGCAAUAUUAACACCAAAAAAUGAAAUGGUCCAUGAAUUGAAUUAA